UGAAAAUGGCAAGACAACUAUUCUUUGCCUUAGGGCUUUUGGCCAUCUUAGGUCUCGCCUCCGCUGGCAAGAGAGUUCUUGUGUUACUGCCAAAUGUGAACGAGGCAGAAAAGUACUCAAAAUUCUUUGGCUCUCUCCGAGACGCCGGAUUUGAUGUGACAUUCAAGGGCGUGCGAGACUCUAGCCUUAAGCUUAAGGAGUAUGGCACCUGGCUCUACGAUGAUCUGGUGCUUUUCGCUCCAAAGUCGGAAGGCUUCGGUGGCAGCGUCGACCAGCAGACCAUCUUGGACUUUGUCGACUCGGGGCACAAUGUCUUGCUUGCGGUGAACACGGACGUCUCAGAGGCCCUGCGUAACCUGGCAGCAGAGUUUGGCGUGGAUGUCGACGACCGGGGGUCAAAAGUCUUCGACCACUUCAAUCAUGCAACCCUGGAUGGUCAAGAGGAUCAUACCCUCAUCGCUGCCGGAGAUCUUGUGGAUGCUCCGGUGAUGGUUGGGGGCCCGUACAAGGAGCCUGUGCUCUUUCGCGGUGUUGCAUCCACCAUCCCUGGUGACUCCGAGCUGGCGACAGUGGUCCUCGGGGCGCCCAGCACGGCCUACAGCUUCGUGAAGUCUGGCGUGCAGGAGCCGCCGACGCUUAUGGUCGGCUCCGCAAUUUCGCUGGUUACCGCGGUGCAGGCACGCAACAAUGCUCGCAUGGUUGUGGCUGGAUCUCUGGACAUGUUCACAGACAAGUUCUUCGACGCCUUGGUGACCGUGAAUGGCGCCAGCUCCCACACCGCCAACUGGGCGUUCACGGUGACGCUGGCCCGCUGGGCCUUCCAGGACCGCGGUGUGCUGGUGGCUUCCAACUUGCGUCAUCACCUGCUGGGCUCAGACGAGCAGCCGUGGGGCUACAGGGUUAAUGACGACGUGGAGUUCUUGGUGGACGUCGUGGAGGUGGAGGGAGGCGUGUCCAAGCCAUAUGUGGCCGAUGACAUUCAGCUGGAGUUCAUUAUGCUCAAUCCUUACAUUCGGCAGCCGCUGCAGCAUGACGGCAAGGGAACCUUUUCUCUUCGCUUCAAGGUGCCUGAUGUUUACGGUGUUUUUAAGUACUUUGUUGACUACUCCCACCGAGGAUACUCGUAUAUCAAGUUGACACACCAGGUUCCAGUUCGUCCGUUCAAGCACAAUGAGUACGAGCGCUUCCUGACGUGCGCCUACCCUUACUACGCGUCCGCCAUCUCAGUGAUGCUGGCUUUCUUUGGCCUGGGCUUUUUCUUCCUUUACAACAAGUAGCGUGCAUUUGGGAAGGAGCAUUUCCCUUCGGCUGCUUGCUUUGCUUUGCCACGCUGUGUAAUCUCCGUGCCUUAAUCGGCCAGCCCAUGAUUGGUUCCUCGAGUUUAAUAGCGUUAAACCAGUGCACUGUGGCUGUAAUGAGGAAAGAUAGGUGGGCUACAUGCAUGUUAGUGCUGAGAGUGAAGCAGAGAGAUAGGCGGGACGGACAGCCAAGGUUUAAAAUUAUGACAGGAAUUGGGUUGACACGGUUUUUGGAUGUUCGUGAGAAGAAAAAUAAUGCUAUUGAAAUAAUAAGGCUUGCUAAUUCUCUCGUCCUCGCCCCUCUUAACACUCUCGUUCCACCUCUGAAUGUAACCUCCCAGAUUGUUCUCUAUUAGAGACCGCCAAAGCCAUUACGCGGGAACCCGCCCUCACGCCCCGCAACAACAUUCGGAAAGAUGUAUUCAUCCUCCCUCUUAUAAAAACCUAACCGGUUUGGUUGUUACUGAAUCAGCCAUUCAAAGCUAUACAUCGGAAAUACAGCGGAAAAGGCAUGCGCAUGACAAAUAUGACAUGACAGCUUAUCGAAGGACGCUGUCCGCACUGCACAAGGUAAGGAAUACAGUCUCCAUCGCGAAACUGCAUCCGCAACAACUUCACAAUGUGGGAAACAAUGUGGGAAACCCAUUGCCCUAAAAUCUUCUUCACCCUCAGCACUACACACCUCUCUUGCCCAACGACCGCGCGAAUCCGGCCGCGAAAACUCCACUCAACGUACUUCCAUAAAACUCCGAUACCACGUGUGCGAGUACGUGCACACGGGGCGCCCCCAGGGAAAGAGCAGAUAGACGUUACAGAUACA